UGAGCAGCGCUUCCUUCCCGGACGCAGCCAGACACACACCACCGGUGCCUCGUCACUCCGCGCUGGAAGAUGGCUGCGGCGGACCGGCCCCCGGUCAGGGAAGGGAUCCGGAUAUUUGUAUUGUGUGUAUGCUGGUACACGGUCAGCUCGGGAGGCAACAUCGUCAACAAAAUCAUCCUCAAUGGAUUCCCGUACCCGGUCACAGUCUCUCUGUUUCACAUAAUUUCUAUCGUCGUCUUCCUCCCGCCGUUGUUGCGGGCAUGGGGAGUCCCCAAAACAGAACUGCCGAGCAGGUAUUACCGGUGGUACAUCCUGCCUUUAGCCUUCGGAAAAUACUUUGCAUCAGUCUCGGCUCACUUCAGCAUAUGGAAAGUACCCGUUUCAUAUGCGCACACCGUCAAAGCCACAAUGCCAAUAUGGGUUGUACUUUUAUCAAGAAUUAUCAUGAGGGAGAAGCAAACCACAAAGGUGUAUAUAUCGCUCAUUCCCAUCAUUGGCGGCGUGCUGCUGGCCACAGCGACUGAGCUGUCCUUUGAUGUUUCAGGACUAAUCAGCGCUCUGGCUGCCACGCUGUGCUUCUCUUUGCAGAACAUCUUCUCCAAAAAGGUGUUGCGUGACACAAGUAUCCACCACUUGAGGCUGCUCAACAUCCUGGGCUUUAAUGCUGUGAUCUUUAUGCUGCCCACCUGGGUCCUGGUUGAUCUCUCUGUGUUUCUUGUCAAUGGAGACCUGUCGGACAUGUCCGGAUGGACGAGUACCAUCGUCCUCCUGCUCAUCAGCGGCUUCUGCAACUUCGCUCAGAACGUCAUUGCCUUCAGCGUACUUAACAUCGUCAGCCCGCUCAGCUACGCCGUCGCCAACGCCACCAAGAGAAUCAUGGUCAUUAGUAUCUCAUUGCUAAUGCUGCGCAACCCGGUCACCCUCACAAACGUCCUGGGUAUGAUGACUGCCAUAGUCGGGGUCUUCCUCUACAACAAGGCCAAGUACGACGCUAACAAGCAGAAGAAGCUGCUGCCCAGCGCCAAGCAGGACCUGAUGUCCUUUGACAACCCAGCGCUGGAGAAGAUCCAGGCCAACGGGUCAGUGCCUUUCUCCCAUGGCUCAGAGCAGCAGCACAGCUGGAACAACGUGCUGACCGACCACUUUCAGUACAGCCGGCAGGCCUACACGACAAACUACAGCGGCAACCACCAGUAUGUGGUGUAAGGGCCUGCCCUCGCUCUGGGUUGCUGUCAUGGACUUUACUGUGUGUAGCCACCCUCCCAGCAGCGGGUCUUCACAGGCCCACAACCCAAGACUGAAGGCAAGUGCUGUUUGUUCUGGAUAGGAAGAAUGAGAUGCGUCGGUCAAGAUGGGCCAGUGACGUGACCUCUCCCACGCUCCUCCCUGUCUAAACUUCACUUCUGUAUGUCAUUGUUUAUUUAUACUUUGUUACAGACAGUAUGUGAUGGUCCGAGAGACAACAAAACUUAAAUCACUUUUCAGAUAUUUUGGUGACAGAUUCAGCCAUGUUAAUCAAACACAGAAAUGUGCCACAGCAGGUGGAAAAGUAAAAGGUAGUUGAUAAAUGAUUUGCACCUUUAUUGUCUGAAAAUGUCUUGAGUUUUGUUUUCACCACCAGCUGUCAUUUGUUUUGGGUUGUUUUGUUCACUUUCAGAGGAAAGGAUGUAAUUAUUUACUCUGAACGCUACCUUGCACCGAAACAAGAGUCUCCCAGGACAAAUCUCAGUGGAAGGCCUUAACAUUUUGGUUUUAGGUGUUUCAUGUUUUGGAUAGACAUUUUUCUUCAUGAGGCAUCUGUAAUGAUGCGAGGAGAAACAAUUUGCUUGUUGUCCUCCAUCAAGAAAACAGAUUCCACUGCUCUAAAAGCUUCAGGCAGAUGGGAGUUGUUUGUGGACAGUGGAGGAUUUAACGGUCACUUAAAAAGAGUUUGGAAAUUUGUGGUCUGGUGACUGUGCUCGCUUUCCAAAGGGGUUCAUGCCUGAUGAAGAAAAAUGCCCAAAUUUCAAAAUUAAAAUUAAAAAUUAAAAAAGAUUUAUUGUCUGCAUGAAGUUGAUGCUCGUAAACUUGUUGCACACUCAGAUCAUUAAACUUUCCGUCACACUUGUUUUCAGCUGGUGUUUUAACUGCCACUGUCGAAAAACACACACAAAGUCUCCAUGUCUUUGAAUCAUGAUAAACCUUCAUGAAAACCAAGAGUGAGACCAGUUCUGUUAACCGAACAGUCAGUGACCUCCCACAGAUCUGUUCCUUUUCAUUAUUUAUUUCGUUAACAUGAAGCAUUGGUGUAAAAAAAAAAAAAAGUUAAAGCUUACAUUCACCAAAACAAAGCAUCCUACCAUCUACAACAGAUCAUACUAUAAAGGAUGCUCAUGCUUCAUCUUUCUUCUAGAGUCUAACCAUGUUAAAUGUAAUAGAGAUGUUAAAAUCCAUCACAAAUGCUAUCACAAAUUGAUUAUUGGUAUUUAUUGAUCUGCAAAGCUACUCAGGCAGAGUGAGAUUUUCUCUCCUGUCAAGGUGAUUUUUCAGUCUCAACCAAAGCUGCUCUGUCGUGUUUUAUGUUGGGGGGGGGGGUUUGUUUGUUUGUAAACAGAGGCCCGGUUUGAGUUUGCACAUCAUAAAACUAAAAUGUGUUUUUCAGAUUGACUCUUUCUGCCAAGUGACUUUAUAGUUCUGGUGUUUUUAAUUUAAAGCAUUUUUUGUAACAUUGCUUUGUCAGACAGUCACUGGACAGACUUGAUUCAAAAUGAGACAUGCAUGAAAUCUGAGGUUUGGUUUGUACAAUUAAAGACUAACUGUAAUUUCAGGACAAGAUAUUUGAUUAUGAUUAUUGAUUACAAUGUCUGCAAAAUUGGUAACCAAUAAUCAUUUGAUAAUGUAAAGUGUGGGUUUUGUUGUUGUUGUGUUUUUUUUUUUUUGUUUUUUUUUACUGCUUGAGGAACUGUUUAAUUUAGGAAACAUCUGUCACUUGGUUUUCUCCUGGCAGGAUAGCUUGUGCUCUCUCUCUCUCUAUCAUGCACACUGAGCAUCUCACUGCAGCAAUAUAAAGUUUUUUAUGAUAUUUUUUUUCCUGAAAUCAAUGUUAUGUAAUUCUGCUCAUUUAUAUUGUAGGGACAACGCACGUAUAUUGAACUUUUGUAAAAGUGCCAGUUGUAGCCCGUGAGCUUGCUUGUUUGUUUUUUCAGCUGUAGAGCCUGGUAGAUGUGGGUAAAAGGGAUAGUGCGGUUGUAUUCUAAUAAUAGGUCUUUUUUGUGUGUGUGUGUGUGUGUGUGUGUGUGUGUACUAUGUUUGCCUUUUUAAAACACUCACAGUAUUUAGUCUGGAGAAAAACCCCGAAAGAGCUCUGAGGGGUCAGUGCUCUCUGUGCUUCCCAGAGACAAACUAGCAUCAACAACUGUCUGUUUAAUCUUUUUUUUUUAAAUUUAUAGAACAAACUAGCUCUUAUUGCUGAGAUGGUUUGAGUUUAUAGGAUCUUGGGAACCCAAAGCUCUGUUUUUCUACAUCAGGGAGAGAAAUUACUGGCGUAUGUAGGUAACAAAAUAUCCUGUAUUUAAAGAAAGACCAGAAAAGUAGAAACACCUGUUUGUAAUGUAGGGAAUUGGACUGCUGCUGUCGUUUGUGUGCUGAUUAUUGUACACUUUGAGGCUGUAGUUUGUGGUGUUGGACUGCGUUAAAUUAUAACGUAUACCACUAACGACAGCCUCAAAAGUAUUAGGAGUUGAAUGAAAACCUCCUGAGCAACAGUAGCAUUUAUCCACUGGAACUUUUUUCACAUUAUGAAAACCUCAAAACUUCAUUACCAACAUUUUCCAUCUAAACAUUGAACUAAAUUACUGUGUAAUGUGAAAGUGUUUGUGCUCAUGAUGCCACAACAGCAGAGAAUUAACUCCCAUUUCUGUCGCUCUAUGGUGGAUGGGUUUUACAGCUGCACACAUCCCAACUAAAUAGUUAGAAAUAGUUAAUGUCACUGCUCUCACCCCCCAAGCAGCAUCAUUUAAAAGCACCUGUUAUAAUUAGCAUUUAGCAUCUAAUAGCUAAAACACCAGAUAUUUCUUAGGACUUCGUGAAGACCCAAACAGACUUUUAAAGAAGAGUGGAUGUCAUUCAAAAAGGGGUCAGAAAUAUAAAUAGAUUUUUUCUAUUUCACUGUAACAUCUUCGUAUUUUCUACCACUUUAAUAUGAACAAGCAGGUGACUGAAAAUACUGCUUUAUGGGCAUCUGUCCAGAUGUAUUAUUAAACACUAAGCGCCGCCAAUCCCUCAAGGAGACUUGCACACAAGACUUCAACUCUAAAGCCUAAAUAUUUACAGACCAAAUAUUUACAGAUCUUUCAAACAGCUUUUUUGUUGCAUUUUUAGCUAACUGAUUGUCACUCUGUUGCCUCGUUUAUAAAAAGCACUUAUUGUAAAUCUUAAAUAAAAUGCACACUUAAAUCUUCAUACUAUCAGAUUGGUGCAGUAAAUCGAGAAUGUGACAUUAUGCCCCUCUAGAUGAGUAGAUAAACUUUUUAUGUGACGAACAGAAAAAAAUCCAUAAUCCACUAUUGUGAGGGGUGAAAAAUAAAAUAUCCAAACUUUUAUCAGCUGGAGAAAAAUGUGAUUCUGCAUGAAAGCAGUGUGACAUCCACAAACAUCAAAGACAAAACUGAAACCGUUCAUCAAAGAAAUGACACAAUCCUUUCAUACUUUAGGAACUCUCAUGCAAUCUGCUAUCUGCAAUCUUUGUGCUCAUUUCCCCAAAUUCUGUGAUUAUAUCCUGAAUUAUUUGGACAGUAACAAUCAACGUGAAUGCAUUUUGGGACAGGCUACGUUGGGAGAAAGGAGAAACAAUAGUACACGUGAGAUUUAACUUUGUCUUGAUAAUCGCACCGUCCGCUGCAGCAGCAGAUGUUUUUAGACUCUCUCAUUCCUUCAUGUUUUUGUUCCUCAUGUUGCCAAAAGCAGAGAUAUAUAACCUUUCUGAUGCUGAUGCACCACAGGACACCCUUGUGGAUAAGAUGUGAAAAUUCAUAAACCUUUUUUAUAAUUUUUUUGAUUUUCAGUGUCCUGCUGGCUGUUUCUGUAAAGCAAGCUAACUGGGAAAACUGUUGAUUUGGAUGUCGGCUGUAAAGCUUUUAGCUGGGAUGUAAAUGUUAAUGAGUGGAGGGGGAAGGGGAUGUAAAACUUGUACAAUUAUUAUUUUUGUCUGUCUUUAAUGGAUCUUGAGACAGAAUUUUUACUUAACCGAUGUUUAUAGAUUUUUAUUUAUGGUGUCAUGGUACAAGAAUGCUGUACAGAGGUGCAGCUACCCACAGUCUUGUCUGCUUAUGUUUAGUAAAUGCCAUUUUUAAAUGUUGGGAGGGGGAAAUAAAUGCAUUAUGGAAUAAUGAA